ACUCAUUUCAUUGCUUUUUCCUCAUUGUAUAUGUUAUUCUUUUCAAAAUUUGGGAUUCUAGGUUAGGGUUUGCAUGAUCGAGAUUGGAUUUGAGAAUUUGAUUAAUUGGGAAUCAAUCGUGGGAGUAGGGGCAUGGAGAACGGUCACGAUGAGAAAUUGGCGGAAAAAUUGUCCGGAUUGGCCCUCAACGACAAGGAGUCCUUCAACGACGAUAGCUUGUUUCAGGUCAUGAAAGCCGUCGAGGCCGCCGAAGCCACCAUUAAACAACAGGCGGAAGAGAACAGUCGAUUGAGGUCUGAGCUCCAGAAGAAAAUUGAGCAACUCGAAAAAUAUAAAGUGGAAAGUGGUAGUAAUCCAAAUGCUUCCGCUAACGAAGCUGCCAAUGCCAAUUUUUAUGGAACAUUGAAUCCACUUACGAGUGCUGCUUCUUCUUCUGACAAUUACGUUGGCCCUUCUCUUUCUCUUUUCUCUCCACCCUUAUCAGCCAUUUCUUUUUCCCCUCCCAGGCAUCAAUUUGAUGGAGAAUAUGAUUCUAGAUUGCCACAAGGUUUCUUGCCGAUGCCCCGAGUAAAUAGUUCCAAUUCCCUAUGGAAACAGGAUAAUACCCAUAAGGUUCGGGAACAAGAAGAAGAGAUUUUACAGUUGCGCAAACAGCUUGCUGAAUUUUCUGUCAAGGAAGCCCAAAUACGCAAUGAAAAAUAUGUUCUUGAAAAGCGCAUUUCCUAUUUGCGAAUGGCCUUUGAUCAGCAGCAACAGGACCUCGUUGAUGCUGCAUCAAAAGCUCUCUCUUAUAGGCAAGACUUCAUAGAGGAAAAUAUUCGUCUUGCUUACCAGUUACAGGCUGCACAGCAAGAAAGAACAACUUUUAUUUCAUCUCUGCUUCCUCUUCUAGGAGAGUAUUCCCUGCAGCCACCUGUACCAGAUGCUCAGUCCAUCGUAAGUAAUGUCAAGGUUUUAUUUAAACAUCUGCAAGAGAAGCUUAUUGUUAUUGAGUCAAAGCUUAAGGAGUCGCAAUAUCAAUUGGCACCUUGGCGGUCAGAUGCCAAUCAUUCCAAUUUCGCCCCCCAAUCACCUUUACAUUCCCUUGGUGCAGCAUUGCCAGCAUCGAGCAAAAAUGGCCUUGAAUUGGUGACACAGCCGACAUAUUCCCAAGGAAAGAUGCAGAUAAAUUCUGAUGCUCAAAAGGACGCACAAUGGGAUCUACCUGGUCAGCACCAAGGUGGCUUGGGUGGUGGUAUUUUGUCAAAAGAUUUGGAACUUGAUGAUUUGGGGAGGUAUUCACCAAUACCAAGCAGGACUUCCACUCCCAAUGAGAUAACAAUACAGCUGGCAGUUACUCAUAGUGACACACAUACUACACGAUAUGGUGAAGAAAAUAUUAAUAAACAAGUUACAUUUCGUAACCCUGUUAGCAAUAGUGAGAUGGAUUAUCCUGAUGCCGAGGGACACCAGAAUGAAAGAGAGCCUCCCUCCAACUGGGGUUCAGGAAAUACUCCUUACGCUGCCGCAGACGAAUCCAGUUCAUCAUAUCCUCCUUAUCCACCACCAGUUCUUAAAGAGGCUUCAUCUUCUUUUUCUGAGACAGCAGAGGAUGAUCCACUUCCAGCUAUAGAAGGUCUCCAAAUUUCAGGGGAAGCUUAUCCAGGAAGGGAACUCCAGGCAUGUGGAUAUUCUAUUAAUGGAACUACCAGCUGUAAUUUUGAGUGGGUGCGCCAUAUGGAAGAUGGAUCUGUUAAUUAUAUUAAUGGAGCAAAGCAACCAAAUUAUCUUGUUACUGCUGAUGAUGUUGAUACAUACCUUGCUAUUGAAGUCCAGCCUCUAGAUAUCAGGAAUCGCAAGGGAGAGCUGGUGAAGGUCUUUGCCAAUGAGCACAAGAAGAUCUCAUGUGAUCCGGAGAUGCUAGGCUAUAUAGAAAAGACUCUUUAUAGUGGUCAUGCUUCAUACAAAGUUUCAUAUUCGACAGGAUAUCUUGAUAUCUGGGAGCCGGCUACAUUGGCUAUUAAAAGGGACGGUUACACUAUUAAGUGUAGUGGACCCCAUGGUCUUGUAGUCUCUGAAAAGUUUUAUCCAACUACUGAGAUUAAGAUAACAUUUGGAGAGCCUACAGAGUUUAUGAUUGUGGGAUCAAAUGGUGUUCAGCGUCUCUUACGAGCAGAUAGCAGCCCUACAGAUAUCAGCUGUUCAAGAGAUACAAUUGUGCUCACCUUGAGAUUAUUUAUCAUACGGCUUGCGCAGGCUGGUGAGAGAAAAAAGGGGAAAAAGAGAGGAUUAUUCUUUCACAAGGUACACAGUUAAUUCAAUGUGCAGCUCAGUAUUGAGAUUGUGUAGUAUUCAUUAUUUGAAGACAGGCUAUCUUGGCAGCGGCAUAACCUGUUGAGUAGCUCUAGCUAGCUACCUUGUGUCCGAAUAUUUUUGUUUGCAGGCAGCCAUCAAUGUUGAGUUUUUUGUA